AUGUAUUAAAAUCUCUAAGUUUAAUAACCUAAUUCCAAAUAUAAGACACAAUUGUGUCGCCAUUUUAGUACGAAUUUAUCAAUAACUUAGUUACUAUUGGUUCUUGUGCACUGGGAACUAGAUGUUAAUUCGCACAUGGAAGAUAGGAACUUAGAACCAAUAAUCAAGGAAUGACAAAUUACAAUCAACCUAAUAUAUAAUAAAACCAUCAAGGAGGCAAUCAAAACAGGGUUCAACACCUUAAUCCUAUGAUUACUAACUAUAAGAGUAUUUAAUCUAUUUAUGAUUUAAAGCAUAAUUAUGCAAACACUUUAAUCCUCAAACAGGCCAAUGUAAAAAUGGUUCUACUUGCACUUUUGCUCAUGGCGAAUAGGAACUUAACUAAAUAAACCCUUAUCUACAAAAUCAAUACAUGUAUUUGAAUGUCUAGGUUAUAAAGGUCAAUGCAACAGUAAAUUAAACAAUAAAAUUAAGUUACUUUGUAAGCAGAACUUACUCAAUAAAUUUUAAUUAUGAUACUCACAAAUAUGGAGGCUAUUUUCCCUGGAUAAAAUGUAAAAAUUUUCAUAAAUUUAAUAUUCUCUAGAAUAUUAUCAACUUAUUAAAAUUUGGAUAAGAAAAGGCAAGAUAAGGAGACAAUCAAGCAGCCAGUGAAAUAAUUAAGCAAAUCAUACAUGACGAAUAAAGAACCAAAGAAGAAAAAAACUAAUACUAAUUAAUUUAUAAUAAUGCUCAAAAUCAUUACAGUCAAAAACUAAAAGAAAGUAACAUGUGA